AGCAAUUAUAUCCGGUCAUAAAUUUUCCUAGCUACCGGCACGGCAGUAUAUCACUUUACCUAUCACAUCGCGCAUGAGAUACAUCCGGACAAUGUAUUUUCUUUUUAUGGGCGGUGUCUGACCUAAAUUUAAAUGUCCAACAUUUCCUUAAUUAUCACCGUUUACUGCGUAUAUAAGAGCUAGUAGUAAACGAGUGUAAAAAUUAAUUGGUAUUAAAUCAUCGAACUACGCUAUAGAAAACAAAGUAAAGCUCUACUGAUUGACUUUAUUGUCUACUAAAAAUGUUAUCGAUACUCUACAUUUUAAGUAUUAUUGCAAAUUUACAUGAAUUGUCAGCCGACGAGUCAGUUCAACAAAUCCCAAAAAUCGUGGGCGGUAACCUUGCCGAUGAAGGACAAUUUCCUUAUCAAGCAUCUCUUCGUUUAAACGAUCAGCACUUCUGUGGAGGUUCCGUGAUAAGUGAAAGAUUCAUCCUUACAGCUAGUCAUUGCUUGUCAGGUCUUGAAGACAGAACUAUCACGGUUGUAUUGGGCACAAAUACUCUAGACAAAGGCGGCGAUCGGUACUUCUCGAUCAAGAAAUGGAUACAUCCUUACUAUAAUUCUUUCUUCAUCUGGCAUGACAUUGGAUUAAUUAAAGUGAAUAAAGAUAUCGUUUUUGGAGACAAAGUAAAACCAAUUGCUCUGCCCACCAAAGACUUUGACAAAUCCGAUUAUCCGGCUGUAUUGUCGGGCUGGGGUACUACUAGUUAUCCGGGAAAGACGCCGAACGAUUUACACUAUAUCCAGCUCAGAGUCAUCAAUCAAAAGCAAUGCGUAGCUAGUAGUUUUCGCGUCACCAAAAAUAAUAUCUGCACACUCAACAAACGGGGCGAAGGUGCUUGUCACGGUGAUUCUGGCGGUCCUCUGGUGGCUGGCAAUGUGCAGAUAGGCAUAGUGUCCUGGGGAGUACCCUGCGCUAAGGAACAACCAGAUGUAUUCACGCGAACUUAUCCCUAUCAGGCUUGGAUCAACAAAUGUAUCCAAGAAGAUAAAUCCAUAUAAAUUGCGAACAUUUUUAUAACAAUUACAAUUUCGCAUAUAACAAUGAUAAAUAUAUUCUCUAUCAAAAAUUGAUCCUCAUUCUGGCAAUAAAAAGAUAGAUAAUUGUCAAAUAAAAUAAUUAAUGAUAAUUUCAUUUCAAC